CUUUUUGACAUUUACCAAAAAAUGAAAAAGGGAAAAGAUUUUUUUUUUUUUUUUUUAAUUUUAAUGAUUUAUUUAUAUAUAUUUUUGUGGUUUGUUAUUGGACUCGUUCGGAUUGGUUGGCUUCAAAGAUGGUGUACGCUGCCAUAUAUAAUCAGAAGAAGGAAGCACGAAGAGUAUGUCAUAUUGACUGUAGUACUUUCCCUCUGUAACAAAGUUUUUUUCUUUUUUGGUAUUUGAGUGGUUGUACUUAUGCCACUGCCACAGCCACAAAUCUAGGAACGAACCAGAAAGACAGGGCACAGAGAGAAGCGGCAACCGACCCGCAACACCAUGCCGUUUCCUCCUCUCUGUUUCUAUGGUUGAUUUUCCUGAUGCUCAUAGAUACAAAGACUUACCUUAAGGGUGGGAUAUUUGAGGUUUCAUGCUUCCACAAGAGAAAUUGUCAUAUUUUUCUUGAACGAAGAUGGAGCUCAACUAGUUUUCCAGCUUGCCUAGGCAUACGGGACUCCACUGCACGUGGCUGUGGAUAUAUAAAGAUGUCAUCUCAAGUUGUUGAAAAAAUGAGAAGCAAUGUGGUGGUCAAAGAGUAUUCAGAAGACUUUCCUUUUGCAUCAUCAUAUGAAUCUGCCAUGGAAGCACUUUCCUCUCUUAUUACACGUCAGAAACGUGGAGGACGGUCGUCCAUAGGUGGGAAAUAUGGAAAAUUGGAAAGGAUGUCAAUGUAUCUUAAGAUGCUAGAUUUGGAGGAACAUAUUGAGGGACUGAAAAUCAUUCAUGUGGCUGGAACAAAGGGGAAGGGUUCAACAUGCACAUUCUGCGAGGCUAUUUUGCGGGAGUGUGGUCUUCGAACGGGACUCUUCACUUCCCCUCACCUAGUUGAUGUGAGAGAAAGAUUCCGUCUAGAUGGGUUGGAAAUAACUGAAAAUAAAUUUCUUCAGUAUUUUUGGGAAUGUUGGCGCAAGCUGGAGGAUAAUAUUACUGAGGAUCUACCAAUGCCUCCAUUAUUUCAGUUCCUCACAGUAUUGGCUUUCAAAAUAUUUAUUUCUGAACAAGUUGAUGUUGCUAUCAUUGAAGUUGGCCUGGGGGGGAAGAAUGAUUCCACAAAUGUUAUAAAUGAACCUGUUGUCUGUGGCAUUACUUCUCUGGGGAUGGACCAUACGGAUGUACUGGGUAAUACCCUUGGGCAGAUAGCUUCACACAAGGCUGGGAUUUUCAAGCCUAAAAUUCCAGCAUUCACAGUAUCACAAUCUUUGGAAGCAAUGGAUGUUAUUCAGGAGAUAGCCUGUCAGCUGAUGGUUCCAUUGGAGGUGGCACAACCAGUUGACCAUAAAAAGCUAAAGGGAUUAGAGCUUAGCUUGGCUGGUGAUCAUCAGUUUGUUAAUGCUGGUCUUGCUGUUUCCCUUUGUAAAUGUUGGCUUCAAAGAACGGGAAACUGGGAAAAGCUAUUAAAAAAUGAUAUCCUGGAAGCUGACUUACCAGAUGCCUUUCUUAGAGGUCUUUCAACUGCUUAUAUUUCUGGGAGAGCUCAGAUUGUUCAUGACACUUACCCAACAUCCUACAGUUCAUCCCAUGUAUCAGGAAGUUCUUGUGGAGAUCUGAUUUUCUACUUAGAUGGAGCUCACAGUCCUGAAAGCAUGGAGGUUUGUGGCAGAUGGUUCUCUAGUGCUUCUAAGGGAAAUAAGAAUUCAUCUGAAAGUGAGGAGGGAAUUUGGGGGAAUGGUCACCUUCAACACAAGAGGGAGAACAUGGAGUCAUCUUGCAAAAUGUCAAAGCAGAUUCUGUUAUUCAAUUGCAUGGAUGUUAGAGACCCUCAAAUUUUGCUCCCACGACUUGUGAGUACAUGUGCCUCAUCAGGGACUCAUUUCUCAAAGGCCCUUUUUGUUCCAAGUAUCUCUGCAUAUAACAAAGUUACUUCCGGUGCUUCAGUCAUUCCUUUGGAUAACUUUAACAGAGACUUGUCCUGGCAAUUCCAUCUGCAGAGACUUUGGGAGAGGAUUCUUCAUGGUAGAGAUGUAGACACUGCUUUUGACAAUGGUUCGAAGAUGGACCAUGCUAAAAUUAUACCCCACGAAUUCCUUUACGAGGAUGCGACUCAUUGAAGUCCUACAGAUAAUCAUUUUGCUUGUAGUGCAGUUAUGCCUUCAUUGCCAUUGACAAUAAAAUGGCUGAGGGAUUGUGUUAAGGAAAACCCUUCACUGAGACUUCAGGUUCUUGUUACUGGGUCAUUGCAUUUGGUUGGAGAUGUGCUAAAGCUAUUAAGAAGGUGAUAUACAUUAAAGAGGCACUAAUAAACUCUAAUUUUCCAAAAUAUUCUUUCACUCAUUUGCUUUGAUUUUAUUUCACAUUGUUGGGGAACAUGUGGCUAAUUAUUUUCCUCUUUUAAAGUUACAUUCAGUUACAAUUUGUGUGCGUAAUGUUAUUAAAUGAUAUUCUUGUACUAUAAAGAAGAAGAAGGGUAAUCCACCACUCUACUAUGUUACAUGUAGAAAAAGGUUGGAUUUUUCCUCAAAACAAUUACCUUCGGUAGAAAAUCAAGGCAGCAUUUCUCAUAGGAAAUGCCAAUUGUUGGCCAUUGGCCUUGUGUACUAGCUAA